CAUACCAUUGAGAACUUUCUGGUAAAACAUAAAAAAACGUACUCGUUUAGAAUACGCUAUAUCUCGCGGCAUGAUUGCACGAGGACACCUGUGCGGGUCGCUUGUUGCAAAGACAUGGCAGACUCCGACAGCUCCACCCUCCACUCGUCUGUCCUGUUGACAAACCCACUCACAUUCUCAUCGGUGAGCUUCAUCGGAGUGCCGAACCUCCGCAACUACACCUACAACACUAAUUUUCACCAACAGGAAGCCACAGAAGCAAGCGAUAGUGGUUCGACAUGAACUGGGCUUUCCUCCAGGGCCUCCUCAGCGGGGUGAACAAGUACUCCACCGCCUUUGGGCGAGUUUGGCUCUCCAUUGUCUUCGUCUUCAGGGUGCUGGUGUUCGUGGUGGCGGCUGAGAAAGUGUGGGGCGACGAACAGAGGGACUUCAAAUGCAACACGGCUCAACCGGGUUGUCACAACGUAUGCUACGACCACUUCUUCCCCGUGUCCCAUGUGAGGCUGUGGGCCCUGCAGCUCAUUUUCGUCACCUGCCCUUCCUUCCUGGUGGUGAUGCACGUGGCCUACAGGGAGGACCGGGAGCGAAAAAACCGCCUCAAGUUCGGCGAGAACUGCCACCGCCUCUAUGAGAACACCGGCAAGAAGCGCGGUGGCCUGUGGUGGACGUACGUCCUCACUUUGGUCUUUAAAGUCAGCGUGGACACCACCUUUGUUUACCUUCUGUACCACAUCUACGAGGGCUACGACUUCCCCUUACUCAUCAAGUGCGAACAGAAGCCGUGUCCUAACAAGGUGGACUGCUUCAUCGCCAGGCCCACCGAGAAGAAAAUCUUCACCAUCUUCAUGGUGGUCACCAGCUUGUUGUGUAUCUUCCUUUCCAUUUUGGAGAUCAUCUACCUGGUGGGUAAACGCUGCCGUGAGGUGUUCAAGCCCAACCAUCACUCCCACCACAUUGUCACCGCCAGUGGAGGCAACUUCAUGGACUCCAACGCUCUUAACGCUCUCGCAGAAAAGAACACCCCCCGAACGCCUGCCCCUGCGUACAGCGUAGCUGUAUCUUGAGAUGUUUUUUUUGAGACUUUUCUUAUAGACGUCAGGGAAUGAUCUGCAAUGAAUUACUGUCUUACAAAUGGAGGUUCUGCAUGACAAGACGCCUCCAUCUUGUCCUGCUAUGGCGCAUGGCGAGGACACAAAGAAAAGGGCAAGUUAGUGCAGCGUUGAGAUCAUUACAUGAGUCAGCCCGUGGUUUGGAUACACUCUCCAACACACACACACACAUAUGUACAUUCUAAAACGCUCAAAAGUUUUGGGACACUACUCUUAAGACCCCCCAACACCAGAUAAAUGCAAGGACAUUUGGCGUCAAAACAAAGUUAUGGCGAGUGAGGCUGUGAAUGUUCUGAACUCCUAUUUCCAUGCCGAGUUGUGCCACAGCGAGCGACCAAAGAAUGUGACGUAGUGACUCCAACUCCAUCAAACCAUUUUGGGAUUAUAGUUUAUACACAAGUAUUCCCAGAAUAAUGUGUGCUUUUUUCCAUCCCCCCCCCCCUUUUUAUGUCAUGGCCAUGUGUUUCCAAUACUAGUGUUUUUUUUGUUGUAAUUUAUCACCAUUUUGCUAUGAAAGAUACCAUGUUUACAUUGUUAAGAUGUAUAUAUUUUCAUUAAAUACACUUGUUUUCCACUUCUUGAGCUGUGGAGACUUCCGUCUUUCCACGCUGCCAUGUUGCUAGGAGCGACGCCGUGGUUGUUUGUGUUGUUUGGUACUUCGGGGAGGAAAAGAAGGAGGAGCCACCUCCUCGCUCUUCGUUUUUUUUUCAUCCCCAGUGACGUGCAGGGCCCACCCUGGGCAGGAAUCCAUUGGUCGUGCGGCCUCUGUAUAGAUGAUUCUUUUAUUUGCACUGGAAAGUUUGUUCAGGCUGAGAAUAAAAGUAGAGGUUAGAUGACCAGAAUGCCUUGCUGAUAGGAGGGUGUUUCUCAGGAGAAGCGUGACUCGGAACUUCAUAAGUUCUACUUCUGGAAGUACUUUUCCCUGCGUACAAAGGUCCAAUAGCCACAUUUUCACAUAAAAUGUCUUGUUACCUUAUGGGCUAACGCUGAAUCAUGAAAGGGCGAUACUGCAAAGAUCUGAUACCACAAGUCAAUACAGUACUGCAGAUACUGAUACUAUUCAAGACUAUUGAAUGAUUUAGUGAACUUUAUUUCCAUUUUUUUAUCAUGCAAAUAAAAAAUAUGUAUAGCAACGGAAUAUUUGGGCUUGUCCA